AACCGCCAACAUUCAUGCAGGACGGGUUCUUAGCGCUACGGCGAUGCGGUGAUGCUCCCUUUAUAGACAAGAGUCACCAAACAUGGCGCUCAUCCGCUCCUCCAGACUCCCUCCGCACACCCUCCGCACACCCUCCGUUGACCUCCAACUCCCUCCAACCCCUCCAUGGCUCCAUCUCAUCCAAUCUACCCCCCUGGUCACACACACUUCCCAUCCACGCAUCUCUCUCACAUGUUGGCCUAUUGCUCGGGUCAUGCCUCCAGCUCGACAGCAUAGCAAUCAAGAGUUGCAUACAUGUGGGUGCAGCAAUGGCACCAUUUACCCCACCAUCUCCACCCCCUCCUCUAUGGAAAGCGUAGUGAACAGAGAGAUAUCCAAGCCGACAGGGGCGGGCAGAGCCGCAUCGUGUAUUUAUUGACCCUGCAACACGUCUAGAACCAGCUGUAGCCUCCAAUACGCACCACCAGCAUCAUGGACACUGAGCACUGGACUUGGAGUGAAGAACAUGGUGACUACUAUCAUGUAGACUACGAUGAACUGGGCAAACCGGUUUAUACUUGGUCAAAAGCCCCUAGCAACACCUCGCAGCAGAUAUCAUUGUCUCAUUCGGAAAAUGUGCAGAACAAACAACCCCGAUCUCCCCCCAUCCAUGGCCAGUCCGAAGGUCCUGAACCUCAAGUACGUGGUGAGAGGACGGACUCUAUGUUGGACAGCCAUAUGUCUAUGCCGGAUCCAGUACCACACGAAGUUCGACAAGAAAUACCUGGUCUCAUUGCGGGAACCCCUAAUCGUGGUUGGAAUGACGCAUUGGAUGCGAGCUACCGUAUGAGAACCCAGCGUGAAGCACGAGAAUUCUUCGUUCAAGGCAGGGUUUUUUCUUUGCUAUACUCCGAGGCGGCAAGUGAAACGAUGGCGGCGGCGAAAAGUGGUACUGUUAAUACCUCUAUCACAAUUGGUCGCUUUGGCCAAGGAAUCUUCUCUCAAAUUCGCCGCUUUGUGAUUGUCAAAGUCAGGAGGGGCUUCGUAGACGCCAUUGGGAUCUUUACCUACGGCGACAGGGGCACAUUGAAACCCGGCUGCUAUCCCGCAGAACAUGCCCCAGUUUAUUUUUCAGGCACCACUCCAACCGAAUAUGAGGGUGAGAGGGACAAAGGGAUGACUAAAACAGCCAUUGAAAUACAGCCUGCCGAUUCGCGUGAUGAAAUGAAACCGACAUCUCGAAUACGUUUCGGUAAAACGUACCCUAUUGAGUGCAACGUCAAAGUCAAAGACAUUGGCAAGGUUGCGCCAGAAAGCAUGUCCAGGUUAUUGCAAUACUGGAGAGAUGAGAAUCGUACAGAUGACUACGACGUUCCCCAAGACACUACGUCUGAUGCUUCUGGGCAGCAUGAGCAUUCCAGAUCUCCCGUAUCGCCUGGUUAUGGUCCCGGUAUGUCUGCGUAUAAUAUUGCUGUAUCAAACAGAGAACCCAGGCAGCAUCCGGACAAUGUUCCUCGUUCUCAAGAUCAUUUCAAGUCUGGUUAUAUGCGCUCCUGGAAUCAUGAUACCUUUGACCAACCAGGAUACCAAUCGCAACCCCAGCCUGGGCCUGUAGGUAGGUUCUCAGCGCAGGGACAGUUUCAUGGAUCUCACCACCAGAGACAAUCGUACGAUGACCAGAAUUACCAUCCGCAACUACCUCCCAAUGCAACGCGAAGAUAUUCCAAUGAGCAACACCAGGUACCACAGCAAGGGCCACCCCAAAAUCAUCCGCAUGGAUACUUCAAUGACCCGAAUCAGAUCCAGCAGCAGCAGCAGCAACAGCAGCAGCAGCAUCCCAACACCUUCUACAACCAAUGGCAAGGACAACAUGGCCAGUAUCACCCCGGGCGUGGCUGGUAGUUUUUCUGAGAGUCACACCUCCGUGAUUCUAAUCCACGACAAUACGUGCAGUCGCAAAGUUCGACCGUGUUCCGUUACUUCCCUCAACCCAACGUUUUCUCAUAUCGUCGCUCAUUUUAAGUCUCAUGUUCAAUCUCACGUUCAACGGACUAUUUCACCGAGCAGGAUUUCAUUAAUUUCACACGUUCAUUUUUCAUUGAUUUUGAUGACUUGAUGAAUCUCUUAUUCCUAAACGAACCUUAUGUUUGCUCUAUUUGUAGUCAGUACUAUUUCUGCACCUUUAUCCUUUCGGC